GAAACUACAGCCAUAAAAGUCUGUGAGGCGAGACGUUGCUGUUGUUUUGGUCUUCCUCUGGCCAUGUCGACGGACCGUUUGUGACUACAUGUUUUAUGUGUUGUGUCGUCUUACUUUUCUGGUUAUGCCGCUUUUACGAAUCAGUUAGAAGUUAUGGUGUUUUAACAGGAACCUCUCUGAAGCUAAGGACAGCUGCGCGGCGGCGCCCUUUGACGCUUUAAAGAAGAAGAUGUGACAGACAGCAGGAGUCGGCGGCGGCAGAUGUCAAUGGGAGCAUUCAGACCAUUAAAUACACUUCAGGCAAUUGCUGAAUGGACCAAGCUUGAGUUUGAGAUCCCAAGACUGAUCAGCUGACCAGAGUUGGCGGCUGUCCAAACUCCUCCAGCUCAGAGUCUGUCUAGUCCCAGUUAAAACACUUCCCUGGUACACUCACCAGUAGUGAUCUUCUUUUUCAUGAGCAUUUUGCUUGCUGUAGUUAUUACCUACAACCCCUUCCCUCAUCCUUUUCCCCUUUCCCUGACCCUCCUCUUCUCAGCCUGUCCAAAACCUUCACCCGAAGUAGGACCCCUACACCUCUCUAGUUCCUGAACUCAAACUAAAAGUCCAACCACUUACCCCCAGCCUCCAUCCUCAAAACAUCCCUGGCACCCCCAGCCUGUUGGGCUGGCACUGGUGGCUCUGGGCCCCUGGCCGGGCUGCGUUUUAGGGAUGCUGGCCUGUCUUCUGCGCAGGAGCAUGUCUCAGAGGCUGAGUGUGUUACUGCUGCUCUUUGGCCUGGCCUGGUGCCUGCUCCUGCUCCACUACACCGUCACGCAGCCACGCCGCCAGAGUAGCGCCGAGCUACGGCAACAGAUCCUGGAGCUCAGCCACCGCUAUGUCAAAGCCCUCAGUGAGGAAAACCAUGACCCCUCAAGGCCCCAUGGUCCCUCUAUGGCUGGAUAUGCUGAUCUCAAAAGGACCAUUGCAGUCCUGCUGGACGACAUUCUGAAUCGUUUGGUAAAGUUGGAGGGCAGGGUGGAUGCUGCGGUGAAUGCUUCUGCGCACAACAGUUCUCACACUGCAGGGGGCGCUGUCCUCGCUGCAGCGGCCAUUAUGCACCGGCCCACCAAACAGGACAAACCUGGCAACCAUCCAGACACACACAGUAACCAGCCCCAGUCACUGCCACGCCCUGGAAGUUAAUGAGUGAAGGGAAGUUGGUGGUGGGGCCACGGACACGGUCGUUGCAACACACUUUUUUGCAACACUGUUGCUGACUUUGACGUAUAUAGAUCUAUAUAUUUUUUAGUAUACAGCAGCUUUUUAAUGUUGUGUGUGUUUCCUUUGAGCACAUAUGUUUUUUGGAAUAUGCACAGUAAGCUGCAUAAAAGAGAAAAAAGGCACAGUCCUGCUUUUAAAGGAUGGUUCUGAUCAGGCAGUCAGUGAAACUUUACAAUGGAAGAGCAUUUCUGAAAUCAGCAGUUCAUCUGAAUUUGCAAUAACUGCAUCACCUCAUCUGCCUGCUAACUGAAAUUGUGCACUUAGACGUAAAUGACCUACAACUAAUGAGAAUAGCUUUGUCUUGUUAGCUGACCAUUUAAAUCUGUUUUCAAUGAUACAUUGACUAUACAUAUGCUGUGCUAUUAGCUGUUCAACAGGGAGAGAACGUAAGCAAAUCCAAAGAAUAUCAUGUGUUCAUUUAAAGCUUAUUGCACGUUUGCCAUUUAUUGAUGGUACAUUUAAUGCUAUAUUCUCAGUUCACUUUUGUAUUAUGGAGCUAAGGAGUUCAGUAGAAUGUGACUGGCAAGAUGUAGACCUGUAUUAGGGUUAGGCAUUAUUAGGCUUAGGUUUCUUUAAAGGCCUGGUCAUGGAAUUGCCAAAAAACAUACUUGUACAUUGUAGUGGGAACUAGGCCUGCACAGGAUAGAGAUGAUUAAAAUGUUGCAAUUGCACCAUGCCCUGCAGUACAUUGAUGGCCCUUGACGCAACAUGGUUAAAGAUUGGCCUGCAUUAUUAUGACCAAAGAUAUACACGUGUGCUGGUUCAUGUGAAUGCCUUUAUUCAUCCCAACACUUACAUCUGAGCUUAGUCAGGAUGCUCACAACACAAUAAAAUAUGUGAUGAUGGGUUAAAAUCUCAUUAGCAUAAUGCAGCCUUCUGUGAUAUCAGUAUUGUGAAGGCCAAUAUUACAAUAACAACUAAGAUGUACUUAUUAUUUAUGAUAUAUUGUGCAGCACUAGUAAAACAGUGUACCCACAUUGUUGUUUUUUUGCUUAUGGCCGCAGUACAAAACCAGUUAGUUGUCAUCUGCCACUCGGGAUUCCUGAUCGGGGCUUUAAGGUUCCCUAGCGCUAGUGCACUCCUCACAUCAUGUGACUGUCACAGAGUAAUAAACACAUGCUGCGAGAGGUUGCGUGACCCUAAAGUCUUAUUUAGGACUUGAUGUGUUGUCUUUGCCUAAUUCGAAGUGAUAAGCCUCAGCUUUUCACUGUUUGAUGUUUUUGAGUUUAUAUUUUAUUUAAGCCCAAAAUUUUUUUCAUUGUUUCCAAAAAGUAGACCACUAACUGCUUUUGUGUGUCAUUUUCAUUUCUUUUUCUUUAAAUCAAGCCACAUGGAUGCACAAGAAAAGAACAUUUUUUUUUAUCAUUGACAAGAAGGUGCAAUACAGUGGUAUGCAAAUGUUUGGGCACCCUUGAUGUUCUUUUGAUUUUCUAAGUGAAAACAAGUUAACAUCCUCUACAGAGAACACACUUUGCAAAUGCACGAUUGUUUAUUUUAAUGCACAACUGUUUAUUUGCUUAAAUUAACAUAUUCAGGAGAAAAUAACACACAAAAUGUCUGUGCCAAAGUUAUAGCGCAUUUUAUAUUUUUUGGGUUAUUUCUUCCAGUAUACUAACCUCAGCAAAUAAAAAGAAAUUGUGCUGUAAAAUUUGCAUAAAAAUGGCAUAUUUACGUUCUCUGUAGAGGAUGUGUUUAACUUUAUUUCAACGAAAUAUGUUAUUUGACCAGGGGUGUUUAAAUGUUUACCUAUAUACUCCUCUGCAGUGAUGAUCAUAGUGACGUUGGACAUUUCUUGUAAUUCCGCAGAUCAACUUUUAAUGUAUUGUUUAGUGUAUGAUUAGAAAACUAUAAUGUAGUACAUGGCUUUAAUAGACUAAAUUGAAAAUGUAACUGCUUGUGGCAGGACAAGUGCAUUUAACUGUAUAUAAAUUACUUAAUUAAAAUCUAGACAUAUUUUAUAUUUUUAAAAA